AUGGGAUAUGCGGUGAUCUUCAUGCACAGGCAAUUUAGCCUACAGCCUUACAGCAGGCAUUACACUCAUUCCACAAAUUGUUUCUUGGACUUCAUGGAAUUGAGAAAUGAUGGAAUCAUUGGAGUGAAUCCCAACCAUGCGCAAAAGAUGAGAUUAGUACUGGAAAAGUAUAGACAGGCCAAAAAACACGAGGCACUUCUAUUCAUUGAAUUCGUCACGGUGACGGAUUACCUUUUUCUUCUUCGCAGUGUCACGAGCAUCAUGUCUGAUUUGAAUGAGCGUGCAUUAUAUUACCUUGCUGCCGCUGUCAGUGAUUUUUUCAUUCCAUCUCAAAAAAUGGCACAGCACAAAAUUCAAUCAGGCGAAGGUGCUUUAACUUUGAAGAUGGAUCAGGUUCCCAAGUUCUUAAAACCAAUGGUUAUGAAUUGGGUUCCUCGUGGGUUUAUUGUUUCAUUCAAGCUGGAGACCGACUCUAACCUUCUAGUCGAUAAAGCUAGACACGCUCUCACUAGGUAUGGUCAUCAGAUAGUUAUUGGCAAUCUCCUGGAAACUCGUAAGAUUGAA